AUGGAACAGCAGCAAUCAAAAAAUAUUGUUCACGUCUCAAAGUUGUUCGUUUGCACGGCUGUUGACUGCAAAGAUGAUAUUGAAGAGAAAUUUGAGCGUUCAUUUGUCACUCUACAGAUGAAAAUUUCUGGUCUCAGUGAUAAAGAGAUGCACGAUAUGUUAUCACAAGCUGUGUGCAAAGACAAACAGCAUGAGGAAAUAUCAAUCGGCUUUCUCUACAUAAUGCUUACCGACCCUUCUAUGGCUCCCAAAACAUAUAGGGACGUUACGCUCGUAUCUAGAGACGGAAUGAAUGGCAUUGUCACAAACCUCACGUUUCUGGUCGCUGAGAAAUAUACUAAGCUCACGGAGGUAGCUAGAAGACAAUUAAUUUGGUUGUUACGGGAAUUCGUAAAGCAUCAGGUUCUAAGUGUUGAAAAUGUAAUAUGGAAUUGUUUGCGGCAGGCUGGCGGAGGAGACGUAUCCUCCAGAAAUCUUUUUCUUAUCGAGAGCCUUUUGGACAUAUUUAUCGAGUUUAGAACGUGGUUGGAAGGCAACCCAUUUCUCGUUCAGUCAACUGUUUACAGCUUUGUACGCCUAAUAGAAGACCACGCAAAUCCUGCUCUGGUGUCGCUUCGGCAAAAAGAAGUAAAGUUUACGAUAUCAUUGAUCCGAGAAAGAUUCCAUGAUAUUAUACCACUAGGAAGGGAUUUUGUACGCCUCCUACAAAACGUAGCUAGAAUUCCUGAAUUUGAACAACUGUGGCGUGAUUUAAUUUUCAAUCCUAAAAUAUUGCAUCAAACUUUUAACGGAAUUUGGCAAUUACUGCAUAUACGGACAAGUCGGAGGUUUCUGCAAUGCCGUUUACUGCCUGAGAUGGAAAGAAAAAUAAGCUUUUUAGCAUCGUCUGUCAAGUUUGGAAGUCAGAAGAGAUACCAAGAUUGGUUUCAGGAAAAAUACUUUGCUACACCUGAGUCUCAUAGCUUGCGAUCUGAUCUAAUUCGCUUUAUCAUAAAUGUUAUACAUCCCACUAACGAUAUGUUGUGCUCUGAUAUAAUACCGCGAUGGGCAAUCAUAGGCUGGCUCAUCUCGUCCUGCACCAAUCCGAUUGCUUCGGCGAAUGCAAAGUUGUCAUUAUUUUAUGAUUGGUUAUUUUUUGAUCCUGCAAAGGAUAAUAUAAUGAACAUAGAGCCUGGAAUUUUAGUUAUGUACCACUCUAUAAGAAAUCAUCCAUUUGUUAGUAGCACGUUGUUGGAUUUCUUAUGUCGUAUUACAAAAAACUUUUUCGUAAAACAUGAAGAUAAAAUCCGUAUCGGUGUUUACAAUUCAUUAAAAUUAAUUCUGGAAAAGCAGGUGAUACCAAAUUUGCAACCACUCUUUGAGUCACCCAAACUUGACAGAGAACUGCGUAAUUUAAUAAGGGAUAAUUUUAGAGAGUUUUUAUCACCGUCUGCUAAUCUGGGUCAACUUCUUUACCCUUCCAUGCAUCCAACUCAGGGUCAUAUUAUAAAAAAAGAGAGCGACCAAAGAAUUUUACAUUGUGAAAACAUGGACCUUCAUGAAACUGGGCUCAUCAAUACUAGUGGGUCGAACAUAUCGCUGCUUGAUGAGGACAUAAAAAUAUCACUCGUGCCAACGGAUCUAGAAAUUGAAAGUGUUUUUAGCGAUGAAACUGCUGAAAAUUUGAAAAGAGUUCACAACAUUGAAGAGAAUACGGAUGACGAUGACGACCUACCUUUAUCAAAGGUGAGACUAAAAGAAAAGCCAAGAGUAGAACUAGCAGAAUCAAUAGCCGAUUCAUUCGAUGCAUUUGUUACGAAGCGUAACUCAUACACCUGGGAGGCAUUCUUGAAAGAUUUCCGGCCAUUACCAGCCUCUGCCUUUGAAGAGUUUCAGCUAAACUAUGUGAUAUCAAAUACUGUUUUAAUUUUACGGGAGACUUUGCCUCAACAAAAUAUAUUUUCUGAGAGCAAAACAGAAGAAAAACAUUUGGCAAAAAGUAUAAGUUAUCCCUUGUACGGUUUGUUUCGAUUUCUAUAUGAAAACGAUGAGAAAAGCAAAAAACCAUUUCAAAUCUUGUUGUCAGAGAUUUGUGAAGGAAUACCUGAAAUUGGCUAUUUGCUUCUGUACUUUAUGAAAAUUUAUUGUAAGCUUCAAACGCGCAAAAACUCUCAACAAUCAUAUCAGUUUAAAACCAUUAUUUAUCGACAAAUUUGCGAUGCAGUAGAUGAAAAAAUCGGCAACUGUCUGAUACGGGAUCUUGAUCUGCUGGAAAAGGAAAACACAAAUAUUUUUCUAUGGCUUCUUCCUGACAUUUAUAGAGAAUUUAAGUCAAUAGCUACAAAUAACACUGAUCUGUUGCGAAUAACACUCCGCUGCGUAGACGCGAAAAAUGUACGUGACAUAUUAUAUUCGGUCGCACAAGGGAAACUUACAAUAUUUAAACAAGAUGGACUCAUUGAUUGCAUAAGAGAAAGCCUCGAUUUUGAGACUUACGAACAGUUUUGUCUUUGGCAAAUUGUUCAAGCUCACGAUGUACCCUUAAGGUGUAUACAGGAUCUAUUGCCAGAAUUGGAAGCCGGAAGCCACCCCGAAGCAUUAAGCCAUUUUCUGUUAUUGCUUAAAAAUGAAGAACCCACAAAUGAAAUAAUUCGAUUAAUGCUCAGCCGAGAAACCAAGUCAAAAGGCGAUCCAUUUGUAACCUCAGCCUUAAGAUUCUGGUGCCAACGCUAUGAGGAAAAACUGUCUGAAAUUAUUGCCUCCCUGCUUACAUCAAAAUAUCCCAGUUCAUCUCCCAACAAAAGAAAACGACCCCCUAAGGGGAUUUCUGUCUCGACUAGCACUCCUUCUGCUGAUCAAGUAUUAAAUCAUCUGGAGCAUUAUAGAAGAAGUUGCAGACAUGGUACUGGAACUGGCCUUUACGUUCAUGAUAUGAUGCAAAGAGCACUUCAAUCGGCGUACUCUCACAGUAACGAUAGCACCAAGAAACAAUUUAGUGAUUUGUUUGCCCUGGCAGCAGAAGAAGACACCACAGUUGGCCGGCGCGGUGGAAGUGGACGUGGACGUAAACAACCAGGGAGUAAAAAAGAUGUCAGUACUCAUGGGACAAGUAAAAAAAAUGCGGAAAUGGUUAAAACAAUAUACUCCUCCGAUGAAAAUUCUAGCGAGGAAGAUUGGUCAAAAUCUAAAAUGACGCAAACAGCUAAGAGAAGGAAAAAAGCUAAUAAUGAUUCUGACUGACAAUUAGAACUUUGUUCACUAAUUAGUUACAUAGCAGAUAAAGAAUUAAAAGCGGAUUUCGAGCUUUUUCAAUAAAAAAUAAUUCGCUAGUUACAAUUAUUAAACUAUUAAGAAAUAAAAAAGAGAACAAACAUAUUAAA